AUACAGUAUGGAAUAAUAAAUAUAAAUUGAGGUAGCAGAGACAAAAUCCGUAGCAUAGCAAUUGCAACACAACUAACGGCGGCGAUGGGUGAUUCAUCGGAGGAUUUCUCGGUGGUGGUGUUGGCCUCCGACCUCGGCGUCGAUGCACGACCCUUCCUACAACAUGAUCAACAACAAGAAGAAGAAAAUUGGCACGAUUGUUCCCAAUACCUUUCCCCCGACGAGGACUUCUCCGAUCUCGAUCUCUUGCAAUUCCUCCGCUUCCAAGGCUCCGACAAAAACUCCAGUCCCAUUCUCCGUAUCGUCGGCAAGUACUUUCCCGCGACUGUUGUGAGUGCAGAGCGGCUGAAGAAGUAUGUGUUACACAAAAUUUGCAGUGAGUUGCAGGAAGGGCCGUUCUGUAUUGUUUACAUGCACAGCACUGUUCAGAAGGAGGAUAAUUCCCCUGGCUUAACCAUCUUAAGGUGGAUUUAUGAAGAACUUCCAGAUGAUUUCAAGGACAGGCUUCAAACUGUGUAUUUCGUCCAUCCUGGUCUUCGUUCCCGGCUUGUCAUCGCCACUCUUGGCCGGUUUUUCUUGAGUGGGGGGUUAUAUUGGAAGAUCAAGUAUGUUAGCCGGCUUCAGUACCUUUGGGAUGAUAUCAAGAAAGGAGAGAUUGAGAUACCAGAUUUUGUGAAAAGUCACGAUGAUAUUCUGGAGAAUAGACCCCUCACAGAUUAUGGCAUUGAACCUGACCCCUUUCACUUAACUGGGAUGCCUUCAUCUACCUUUUCAUUUGGAAAGUACGAGGAUAGAUGGGCCGCAAGAGAAUAUGUAUCUUAGUUAGGUAUUCCCUAGUCUGGUCACAUAAUGAAUGCCAACAUCUGUACAGAAUGGCUCUGGUAUUGUAUUUGUAUUUCUCAGACUCAUCUUUUAGUUUCUCUGUUUGUUGAUUUAAACUUGGUAUAUGACAUCAACUACAUGUUUUCCAUGCCAAGAGAAACUUAUUCAGUGGAUUAAUAUAUGAAAAUGUUCUAACUACUAGGUCAUGUUGAAGUGCUUGUA